AGACUGGUUAGUGAGCAAUUGCCAAGAGAUUACCAUCGAUCUGUACCUACGCGAAAUUAUAAAUGGAAAGGUGCUCUUGACUUGAUUAAUCAGUUAAGUGUUGGAAGUUGUGGUGAAUGGACAGAGUUUUGUGCGUUUAGGCUUUUUUUUGCAAUCAAUGAAAGUCUUUGGAUAUUUCUUGGCCAGCCUGGCCAUUGCCCUCACUGUUGAAAGUCACGUAGUGGGAAACCAAAAAGAUGCUGGAAAGCCCCAUACCAGGCAUGAGCAUCCGAACUUAGAUUGGUGGGAGACAGCUGUACUCUACCAAAUCUACCCAAGAUCUUUUAUGGACAGCAAUGCAGAUGGGAUUGGUGACUUGAAAGGCAUUACAGAGAAACUACCCCAUCUCCAGGAUGCUGGAAUCCAUGCCACCUGGCUCAGUCCUAUCUUCAGUUCUCCCAUGAAGGACUUUGGCUACGACAUAUCGGAUUUCACAAAUAUCAAUUCCGACUACGGAAAUAUGGAAGAUUUCGAGCAACUUCUUCAUGAAGCUAGGCGUUUGAACAUCCGCCUGAUUCUGGACUUUGUUCCCAAUCAUUCAAGUGAUCAGCAUGAAUGGUUUAUAAAAUCCGAAUCCGGUGACCCAGAUUAUCUAGACUACUACGUCUGGAGGGAUGCUAAGAUGGUAGAUGGUGUGAUGCAUCCUCCAAAUAAUUGGCUCUCAGUCUUCCAUGGACCAGCCUGGACUUGGAGCGAAAAUCGCCAAAAGUACUACUUGCAUCAGUUUGCCAAGGAGCAACCAGAUCUGAAUUUCGAGAAUCCAAAAGUCGUGGAAGAAAUGACCAAUGUCCUGAAAUUCUGGCUGGAUAAAGGUGUAGAUGGAUUCCGAGUCGAUGCCAUCAAUCAUUUGUUCGAGGACCAAAGCUUUACUGAUAACCCACCCAAUCGCGAUGAAUACGACCCAAUGGACUAUAAUCAUUUUGACACAAUUUACAGCAAAGAUCUCCAAAAGUCGUAUCAGCAAGUGUACGACUGGCGAAAAUAUCUCGACAACUACGCUGAAGAGCAUGGUACUGAUACCAAAGUUCUUCUGACAGAGGCAUAUACAAAUAUCACAAAUACGAUGAAGUGGUAUGUAUCUGAAGAUGGAACUCAGAAGGGGGCUCACUUCUCCUUCAAUUUCCAACUCAUUAUGGGUCUCAAGACACUCCCCGAGCAACUCAAUGCUGCAGAUGUUAAAGCAACAAUUGAUGAAUGGCUCGAGAAUAUGCCAGAGGGAUUUACUGCUAAUUGGGUGCUUGGAAACCAUGACCGUCCACGAGUAGCCUCACGAUUCGGCCCAGAUUUGGUGGACAACAUGAACAUUCUGGUGCAGACUCUACCGGGAGUUGCUGUAACGUACUACGGUGAGGAAAUUGGUAUGGAGGACUACAGGGGCAUCUCCUGGGAAGAUACUCAAGAUCCUCAAGCUUGUGGUUCAAAUGAAUCAGUUUAUCAGGAAUAUACUAGGGAUCCUGUUCGAACUCCUAUGCAAUGGGAUAGUUCUCAGAAUGCUGGAUUCUCUCUAUCCCCCACUACUUGGCUCCCUGUCCAUCCCGACUAUCCACAAAAUAAUUUAGCACAACAGAAAGCAGCCGAAAGGAGUACAUACAAACUGUAUAAGGAACUGGUUAAUCUGAGAGUCGACCAUGCUCUCGAAUAUGGAGACUUCAGAUCCGUAGCCUUGGGCAGUGUUUUUGCCUACAGCAGAAAUGUUGAAGGUCAUGAAAGCCUAGUCGUAGUCCUGAAUCUGGGCAAUUCCGAGUCAACAGUUGACGUAUCACCAAUUCUCCUGGAAUCAUCCUAUUCCGAAGGAACAGUAGAGAUUUCCGUUACGAAAUCUAUUUACAAAAGAGAUGACGUUAUCAAUCUAUCCAGUGUUUCUCUACCUGGCUACGAUGGAGUCAUCCUGAGAGUUCCUUCAUCCGCUACUACACUAUUUGUCUCCGUAUUUUCUCUCCUACUAGUUGCUGUUAGAUUUUUGUUAAAUUAACAAUAAAGCGCGAAGAAAGAUGUUAUCAUAAGAAAUAAAAAAAUAAAUUAUCUAUUUUAUUUAAAA